CUUUGAUCACCCUAUCCCUUUUUCGUAAAACUUGCACGAAAAGUUUUUAAUAAAAAGAAACAAAAAUCUCGAAUGUUCUCUGUUGGCACAGAACUGGUGGGGAGGAUAGGGAUUUCAACGGGCAAGCCCGGACAAGCCUGAGAGCGCGAAACAUUUUUACUAAAUAAAAGGGGCACGAAGCUCAGCCAUUCAGUCUCAUCCUAACUGAGCGAUCUUUCAGUACUUCUGUAAAUUCUAUUAAGAGACCUUUAUUUAAUUGACUAUACGAAACUUUUGUUUUGCAUUAAUUGAAGAGUUAAACUACAUUUCUUGUCAAUUAUUUAUCGCUCUUUGCGCAAGAGUUUCACAUAAUCCUCAAUUUUAUUACAAUACAACAAAAUCCUUCUAGUCAGCAAAUUUGCAAGAAGUUGUGUGUGUGUGUAUAAUUAACCUUGAAACCUGCUACUAUAUUCAGCCCUCUACCCAAUUGCUGGGAGUGUGGUAAGGUGCUACAGAAGAAGAACAGUAGCAGAAUGGAAGUCCCAAUGGAUGUAGCUGGGGGCAAAAGUUCUUGUCCUGAUGUAUCACUACUGAUGCAAAACCUGCAACAAGCCUUGGCCCUUGAAGCUAAAUUUCAACCUAAGCUUCAACUUCCAUCAACAGCCAGCAACACAGGAGAGAGCAGUGAAAUCACAUCUGCUAUGAGAGAUGGAGCUGCCCAUGUUCUCCGCUGUUUGAAGGUCUGGUAUGAUCUUCCUUCUGCAGUCCUACUGGAUGCACUGAACAUGAUGGACCGGUUCAUGAGUCGCAUGAAAGCUCGUCCCAAACACCUUUCAUGCAUUGCAAUCAGUUCCUUCCAUCUUGCAGCUUGCCAGUGGGUAGAGAGGGUUAAGAAGAACAGUGGUGAAACAUCUUCCAUCCCAGGACCGUUGCAGGUUGUUCCUGAACCUCAAGAUCUGGUAACAAUAUCUCAGUGCAAAUGUACCGCCGGAGACAUAAACCGGAUGGAAAAAAUCGUUGAGGCGAAGUUGGCUUGUCUGCCCCAGGAAGAACCAGUUACGACUUUAACAUUCCUCAACUUGUAUCACGCACUGUUGUCGACGACUUUACCUAUCGCGCUUCAACCUGAUCUUCUGAUCCUUUCUUGCAAGCUGGAGACUAUUUGUUGCGACGCAAAUUAUGCUGCCUUCCCCUCGUCUGUUUUGGCUUUUGCUCUUCUGUUCGUUGAAAUGAAGUGUCAUCAAACAGCCAUUGAGGUCAUUAUCCGAGAUGUUUUACUCGAAUUACAGCGACUUGCUCAGGUUAAAGAUGACAUGUUGAACGAAUGUGUCAGGAUGGUAUCUUCGAUUAUGGCACCAUAUGAUGGCUACGCCCAAAGCAAUCCGUCUCAUCGCCAACGACUUACCUGGAAAUUGUCCAGGCGCACUUUAAAGCAAUUACGGCCAACUGAAAAGUUAGUUAAUGUUUUACCUACCAUUGAAGAGAAUCGCCAGUUUGGCCAGGUACAGAAACGCAGUCGCCGUUCACGUCUUACUCCGCACAAGGUGCGUCCUGUCUCCCCGGGUGCGGUUUUGUCUUCUCUGCCUCUGCCCUUUCCGACCAAAGAAGACUUAACGUCAUUCUUCGACAAUUUCGUUGCUGCUUCACCUUAUACUUUUAGAUUUCUUUAUGGUCUUGAGGAAGAAAGUCCUUCUACUGCUUGAAUGGGGGAAAUUCCAGCGAUGUUUUUUGCGAAAAUUCUUCUUCCUAAAAUUUACACCACAAUUAUUAGAUGCAUUUUGUUUAUCUUCUCAAACUCUUUGAAAGAAAAGUUCAAUUGCCUUGUAGAUAAUGUAGAUAAAUAACUGCCAUUCUGAAUUCUUGCGAGGAUUUGAGAAAAAAUAAGACGAAUUUUGUCUUGCACGCGAGAAAAUUUCAAAUCUUGCUUGGCCUGAAAUUUUGCCAAUCUCGGAGAAAUCGCGAACGUUGGUAACCUGGAUCAAUUCGUCAACUAUAAUAUUUCAUCAGUGAUUUAUUUAUUGUAUUAUUUCUACGUUUGUUCGUAACGAGUCUCAAUUAUUUUUAUUUUUGCUUGUCCCCUUUGUCGUUCAUGAAAGAAAUGGAACAAAAACAAUAAAAAGUACAAAACUGUGAAACUGA